AGAAGCUGAUGCGUAACUUGCUCCAGAGAGACUGGAAACUCCGCAGGAGAGGGCGGGGGUGGCCGGCAGUCUGGAUCCCUGCCCUUCGCAGCGCUCGGGAUGCCGGGCAGCUUGGGGACAGUGCCGCGGGUCCUGCUCCUGCUCCUCCUCGCCCCUGCCUGGGUAGAACCACAGGCCUGCAUGUUCCCAUGCCAGUGUCCCUCCCAAGCUCUGCCGUGCCCUGCAGGUACCAGCCACGUGUGGGAUGCCUGUGGCUGCUGCAAGGUGUGUGCCCAGCAGCUGGGCGAGCUCUGCUCCUUGCACAGGCCCUGUGACCAUCACAAGGGACUCUACUGUGACUUCUCAAAAAUCCACAGAGGCAGUGGGAUCUGCUUAGCUCGUGAGGGUGCGACGUGUGACCUGCUGGGCAAGAUCUACCUCAAUGGGGAGAGCUUCCAGCCCACGUGCAAGCUGCAGUGCAUCUGCAUGGACGGGGCCAUCGGCUGCGUCCCGCUCUGCGCCGAUGACCUGCGCCUGCCGUCCCCAGAGUGCCCCGCGCCCCGCAGGGUGAAGUUCCACAACAAGUGCUGUGAGGAGUGGGUGUGUGAGGAGGGCAGCGAGGAUAACCCCUUAGGAGCAGCCACAGCAGUUUUCAGGAAGGAUCCAGCUCACAGGCCAGAGCUGAACAACCUGCAGGAGAACUGCCUGAUGCAGACCACAGAAUGGAGCACGUGCUCCCGGAGCUGCGGAAUGGGCAUCUCCACCCGUGUAACCAACAACAACCCCCAGUGCCGCCUGGAGAAGGAGACUCGGCUCUGCAUGGUCCGGCCCUGCGACUUCUCCAUGGAGAAAACCAAGAAGGGGAAGAAGUGUGUGCGGACCCCAAAGCAGCGCCAGAGCCUCCACUUUGAGUUUUCAGGAUGCACCAGCACGCGCUCCUACCGGCCGCGGUUCUGCGGCAGCUGCUCGGACGGGCGCUGCUGCACCCCGUUCCUGACCAGCACCGUGGACGUGGAGUUCCGCUGCCCCGAGGGGGACUUCUUCCAGAGGAAAAUGAUGUUCAUCAAGAUGUGCUCCUGCCACUACGACUGUCCCCGAGACAACGACAUCUUCCUGGCCACAUAUCACCGUUGGAUGAUCGGAGACCACGUCAAGAUUGAGCAGCAAUAGCCCUGUCUUGCCAGAUCUGAGGUGUGCAGGAAGGCUCUGCAGUGCUUUCAUGGCUGUGUCCUGGCAAGUGCAGCCUCUUCCCCUUCUGUGAGCAGCACAGUGCUGCUUCCACAGCAGCACCAUUCACACCAACGGUCCCUGUGGUUUUCCCAAUGAGCCAAGGGAGGGGCCGCAGCUGCUGCAGCCCGCUGACCCCCAUACACAGUGUGCAAAGGUCAGUGAAGGAACCAGAAACAGGCUUGAGCUGCAAACUUGAUCUGUAUUCCUGCUGGCCAGAAGAGAGAGUGGUUCAAGAUCAUGUGGCUCCCGCCUGUCUCCAGCCCAGAGGACAAUUCCUGAUUCAGACCCCAAGAAUUCUUCCAGCAUUAACUGGGGGUAGACCAGGCUGCCAGACCAAGGUGUGUCCCCUGAAGGUGCUGCUCCGAACAGCUUUUAGUGCCUUGAUGAACAUUUCAUAGAACCAUGGAGUGGUGUGGGUUGAAAGGCACUUUAAAGCUCAUCUUGUUUCAACCCCCUGUCAUGGAUAGGGGCACCUUCCACUAACCCAGGCUGCCCCAAGCCCUGUACAACCUGGCCUUGGACACUUCCAGGGAUGGGGAUGG